AUGAUGUGAUCCACGUGGAGCUAACAGCAUCAGCACAGAGAGGAGUUGGAACUGUCCUGGCUGCAGUCGUCAUGACAACAGAAAUGGUAGUCAUGGUAACAGUAGGGGUCUCCUCUCCUCCGGUCCAAAGUGAGAGCAGUUGCGUCGCGUGAUGUAUUCUGGCUACUUCCUGUUGCGCAGUUAGUGGAUUCUUCCAGCGACUCCUCUUCUUCUGUCGACCUUUGAGCCACCGGGACUAGGUCUGUGGACCUGAUGAAGAUGAAGGCGAGCAAUGCAGAGAAGGAGGAAGAGGAGGCGGACAGGAGGAAGAACAAUAGGGGGAGGCCGCUCAGACUCCUGAUGCCUGACCUCAGCGUGUUGGGAAUGUCUUCCCUGGACGAGCCGGGCCGAGUGCAGAGGGACAAAGUCUCGAAGGGGGAGCUCAGCCCCACCAGGAGCUUCUUCCAUUGGGCGAGCCGACCAAGCAGUCCCCGCUCAGCACCGCCCGCCAGCUCCACCUCCAGGACGAGUCCCACCUCAGCUAAGACCAGCUUCCCUUUCCAGGCUGCGGAGUCUCCGCCCAAACCUCCUCGCAGACUGAGCUUUAGUGGGAUCUUCAAGUCGACCCCAAGGGAAUCGAACCAGCAAAUGUCUUCGUCCCCCAUCAGCAUGAAACUCUUCUCACGCAGCAAGAGGAGCAAGGCUAGAGCCUACACCCUGUCCUCCCCACCUGCCCCUGCCCAAUCUCCCCCUGCCUACCAACUGGAGAAUUACCUGACGGAGCCGAGGCGUCCGGAGACCAGGAGGCUGCGUUCCUUCUCCUCACCCCCUGACACUGGGCAACACUUCUCUUGCCGGCUGCCACCGCCUCUUCCGCUUUCACCAGCACCGCAGGUGGAGGCUGGGGGUGAGUCUGAGCGGCGCCCCCUGGACGAUGGCGUGUGUGCCGACUCAGAGAGAGACAUCUACAUGCGCUUCAUGAAGUGUCACAAGUGUUACGACAUCAUCCCCACCAGCUCCAAACUGGUGGUCUUUGACACCACGCUACAGGUGAAGAAAGCGUUCUUUGCUUUGGUCGCUAAUGGCGUGCGUGCUGCUCCUUUGUGGGAAACUAAGAAGCAAAGUUUUGUUGGAAUGUUGACUAUCACAGACUUCAUCAACAUCCUAACCAGAUACUACAAGUCACCCAUGGUUCAGAUUUACGAGCUAGAAGAACACAAGAUCGAGACCUGGAGAGAACUUUACCUGCAGGAGACCUUCAAGCCUCUGGUCCACAUCUCACCUGAUGCCAGGAAGUUAGAAGUGUUGUUUUUCAGUAUUUUCGAGGCGGUGUCGUCGUUGAUUCGCAACAAGAUCCAUCGUCUUCCCGUCAUCGACCCUCUGAGUGGCAACGCACUCUACAUCCUGACCCACAAAAGGAUCCUCAAGUUCCUGCAGCUCUUUGUGUGUGAGAUGCCCAUGCCCGGCUUCAUGAAGAAUACGCUGGAGGAACUUCAUGUGGGAACUUACGACAACAUCGCUUUCAUCCACCCGGACACGCCCCUCAUCACCGCCCUCUCCGUUUUCACGCACCGCCGCGUCUCCGCCUUACCAGUAGUCAAUCACCAUGGCCAAGUGGUGGACAUCUACUCCAAGUUUGACGUGAUUAACCUGGCGGCAGAGAAGACGUACAACAACCUGGAUGUGACCGUCACGCAGGCUCUGCGGCACAGGUCGCAGUACUUUGAAGGUGUCAUGAAGUGCAACAAAGUGGAGACCCUGGAGACCAUAGUGGACCGCAUCGUGAAAGCUGAGGUUCACAGGCUGGUCGUCGUCGAUGAAGAGUCCCGGAUCGUCGGCAUCGUCUCGUUAUCAGACAUCCUUCAAGCGCUCAUCCUAUCUCCUGCUGGUGUGCUCAGGAACGAGGACGCUUUUCCGUCUCACGCUGCUUUGGACUCCGCAUGUGACAAGCGAGAGGACCAGGAUCAAGAUAAUCGUGCUGACUGCCAGCAGGGGGAGACAGAGCGGGAGGACGAGAUGAUUGAAGGAGAAGGAGUCCAGGAAGUAAAUGGGGACGAGGUGACAGAAGAGGGAGGCGGCAAAGGGAACCAGGAGGAGGAGGAGAAAGAAGUUAAGGAGGAGGUGGAGGAGACAGAAGAUGUUAGAAAAGAGGGGGUGACAGAAGAACUUGAGGAGGAGACAGAAGAUUUUGGAAAAGAGGGGGUGACAGAAGAUGUUAGGAAAGAGGGGGUGACAGAAGAAGUCGAGGAGGAGACAGAAGAUGUUAGAAAAGAGGGGGUGACAGAAGAAGUCGAGGAAAAGGAGACAGAAGAUGUUAGGAAAGAGGGGGUGGCAGAAAAAGUUGAGGAGGAGGAGACAGAAGAUGUUAGAAAAGAGGGGGUGACAGAAGAAGUUGAGGAGGAGGAGACAGAAGAUGUUAGGAAAGAGGGGGUGACAGAAAAAGUUGAGGAGGAGACAGGAGGAGGAAGUGAGGAGGUAACAGAAGAAGGGGAAGGUAAAAGUGAGGAGGUGACUGAGGCAGGAGAUGCAGGGAGCGGGGAGAAGGUAGCAGAGGGAAAAGAGGAAGUGAUGGAAGAGCAGAAAGGGGAAGGAGGAGGGGACGAUUUGACAGAGGAGGUGACUCAAGGAGGAGAAGAAGGAAGGGAGGAGGAGACUGAAGAUGGAGGGAUGAGUGAGGAGGUGAACAAGAGACAAGGUAAAGAGAGGGAAGAACUGACAGAAGAAGGGGACACGCAGGAGGAAGUGAAGGACGCAGGAGAAGAAGAGAAGGAGAAGGAGGUCGUCCCAGAAGGAGGAGAAGGUAAAGGGGAGGAGGAGACGGAGCAAGAGGAGGAGGAGACGGAGCAAGAGGAGGAGUUGUGACAUCAUCAGUUGAGGUGAGCUGUGAGUGACAGACGGUCGACCCGCCCUCUAGCAAUGUUGUCAACAUGGCAGCUGGUUGAAAACAACAACACAGCAUAGCAGCUCAUUUGUCCCAUACAUGUAUAUUUCUAUAUAUUUUAAUAUAUAAAUGAUGUGGCACUAUCAGGAUGUUAACAGCUUGAAGUCAGUGAUAAUCAUGUGAUGUUUUAUUCAUAUUCACUUUGUAAUAGUAAUAUUUUCAUCGCUGUUCAACAUCCAAGUUGUAAUGUACGUACAUCGACACAUUCACCUCCUUCCCUAAAGCCACGGCGGCCUUUUUUUUUACCCACAAUGCAACUCCAACACAAGCAUUAGAUAAUUGCAACCAUUUAUUAUUCACAUACAAAAAGUUCAAUCAUUGUUUUCCCUUAUGUAAUGUGUGUGAGAGAUGGUUAAAACUACAUGUUGGGACUGAGUAGACGAAGAGAAGAAAAAAUCAUCUGACAGCACACACACAUUCACGCUUAAUAGUAUUUUUUUCCUCUAAAAAGUACCAUUUAAAAAUAUGAAAUUACCUCUACCUUCCACAUGGAUCAUCAACAUCACUGUCCAUCAGUUCACAAACUUUACAACAGGAAGUGCGCAUUGUUGAACUUUUAACUUUCCAAUUGCAACAGUAAAAUAUUUUGUUUUGGAGUCGUGCUUUCUCAGCGCCAAGAUGGUUGUGCAGGAGGCCCCUGUGAUGCGCCAAGAUUAGAUUUAACAGUUUGCCGUACCUGCCUAAUGCUAACAAUGCUACAUGCUACAGGUACAUGACAGUGGGGGGAACAUUGCAUCAAACCUGGGAAAUCAGAAUCAGCUUUGUUGGCCAAGUAUGUUUUAACCUGCGUAUUUGUCAUUUUACUAUGAACAUUUUUUAAAUUAUUGCAGAUUUUGUGAUGUUUUGAUCAGGAUGAUGCACAAGGGAGGAGGAGAGAAGACCGGGGUUAUAACUUUUUACAAUGUGGAUAACUUUUCAAUUAAAACAAAAAUAAAUAACACAUACAAAAUUCAUCUGAGGUAUUUUUGCUGUACUGAGGUUCACAUUGUUGUUGUUUUUUUAAGCACCUGACUUAAAAAUGCACAUUAAAAGGAACAGUCCAAUGUUUAUGUUGGAAUCUUUAAAGUGGGGAUUGACCCUUUCAGUGUUAAACAUGACAAAAAAGAGGUAGACAUAAAGUGGUCAGGUGACUGAUGACCUUUAACCUUUCACCCUGAUGAGUUGUCAAAAGAAAACAACACAAAUGGCAGUGUGUGCACAGCAUGUGUUGAGUGUCCAGAAAAAAACGGCCAAUAGGCUUUAAGCACCGUCACAUAAGUCCCUUCUACCUAUUUCAUAGUCUGGUAACCCCGCCUCCACAUAACGAAUUUACCUGAGAAGUUUGGUCGCUGUCAGCCAAUCAAACGCCUGAAUGUAGCAUGACCCCGCCCACUUCAGUCUUGAACAACCAGUCAACAUUGACCUUUCGCGAAGCCAAACAUCCCCCACCAAUCACAGAGCAGUCUCUUCUGACAGCGCUCGGUUCAAUUCAGUGCAGCUCCUUACGAUAUUAUUCUAAGUUAUUGGUCAAGUUUUGCUAUUUAAAAUGUAGUUGUCGGCGGAAACCACCAGGCUUAACACCAGCUUCAAGGUAAGAAAUUAGCUUAUUAUUCGCAAUGUACAUUGUUGUGGAAAGUUGUGGCGCUAACCGGAGUAAACUAGCAUAUCGGCUAUGUGUUAGCUCCUUCGCUAAAGCUAGCUAUUUUACUACUAAAUGUAAUUAUGUGUACAUAUGUGUGUAAAUAUAAAUUUAUUUGUAAUGGUUGUAUAAACAAAAAGCUUUAUCACUGUUCUCUGACUCCUUUUUGUGGUAGUUCUGGUAUCUUGUGCAUUACUUCCUAAUUUCAGCUGACAAGCCUGGCAACAGUCACUGGCGGGGAUUAGCGAAAGGUCAAUGCAGCGUCACUCUGACAUCACUUCCUGUUUAAGAGUGAGACCUGUCACUUUGAGGUGUAGCUGGUGCUGGUUGCUACGCAAUGAGGCUGCAGGUAGACACCCACUUCAGAGACAGAAAAAAAUGCUGCGGUACCUGGAGAUCAUUCACUGAGUCGGACCUGAACUUAUGUGUGUGUGUGUGUGCCAAAAGUUUUACUGGUCACAUGGUGGACUCUUUGGCCGGGAGGUCCACGUUGGUUACCAUGACAACUGGAGGGACAGAAGAGGAGAAGGUGGGCGGGGCUACGGCGCUAGUGAGGCGACGCACUUGGCCCAUGCGCUCUUGCACGCAGCCGGCCGACAGUCGGGCCUCGGCGUCGUGGUCCCAGCAUUCCGACACCGUCUCGCACACAUGGCACAGACCCUGAAAAGGGAGGAGCUUAUUGGAUCAUUGUGUGGAUAGUGCGAGUACCACUCGUGUGGAAAUGUAUCCAUGAAAUAUGCAGAAGACAUUUUUAUGUGUACGCUUUUAUUUCUCCAAUGUGUCGUGGGCCAAUAAAAAACAUUCU